AUGGGACAUAAUUUGGAUCUGGAAGUAAAGACCUCUGAGGAUAUAUCAGCUCUAUGUGAAUCUAGUAGAAUCAUUCGACCUUCAAGAAUGUGCGAAUCUAUGAUCAUUAAUCAGGAAAACCCUGGUAGCUGCGAUCUUGUUUUCUGUAUGGAUCACCAUUGGAGGUUGGACAAUUGGAUAGUUGUGGGUGACGAAUCAAAAUUGCUGGAACGAGAAGAAAAACAAAAGGUUUGCAGAAUUCUUCAAAAAUUCCCAACAGAAACUUGUGCCAAUGAGUUGCUUGAAGGAUCUCUCAAGCUUGUCGACAUUUGUGGUAUUGCUCGGGAUGUUAUAAUUUUGAUGAAGGAAUCUGUUCAAGAACUCCAAUUGUCUUUGAGGAGAAAUAGAGGUAUUGAUGCAUAUAUGACUUCAAGGGUAAAAAUUGACAAAAUGGUUAAAACGUGCAUCAAAAAUUUGAAGAGGUCCGAACAAAGAUCUACAAACGAAGACAAAAAUCCUAAGGUCAUUGCAACAUUACUAAAAGAAUCAUACGUCAAUGGCUUUUCUGUCCUCAAGUCUGCAUUGACCCUUUUUAGGUCAAAGCAGAAAACUUGGUCCCUCUCGUGCCAUGUACAUUCUCAAACAGAAGAAGAGAGCAAUUCCCAAGAAUUUUAUGUCUUGAACACCAACAAAUUGCGAAAAGAGAUGGACACAUUAUCUGUGAAAGAUGUCAUGAAGCAGUCGAAUGCAUCAGAAAAUGUCCAUCCAGGAACUUGA